AUGACCUUCACCCUAGACAACCAGGCAGCAGGGUCCUAUUUCCAUUCACCGGAUGCCACUACGGACAUGAUGUAUAACGUCGCGGUAUACGCGAAUUCCUUACUUGACAACGCGGAGCAUACAAUAACAAUGACGGCGCAGCCAGGCGUUGGUGGUUCCUAUAUCGCUUUCGACUACGCCAUCUACAGAAUCCAUUACGACGGUCGGUUCGACGACAGCGACCACACCCAUGACAGAGCCUGCUGGCACGAGUUCAAUCAUAUCCACAUUCCCCAACACAGGAACAGGAUCAUCGUCCCCGAGUACAUCCACACUGGUAUCCAGCACGGCUGGCAUCUCCAAGUCGUCCUCACUGGGUUCACUGCACCCCGCAAGCGCGUCGCCUACGUCGCAUUCAUCCGCAGGCGGCCCGGGCUUUUCUAG